AUGUCGCCUCAAAAAAGAGUUAAGAACUCCCAGGCACAAAACAGUACUUCACAAGGUAGUAAUAGUCGUCAAACCAAGCUCUCAGCCUGGAAAGUAAAACAGGAUCUAAGUGACUCAAAGAGCAUCUCAAAACAUGGGCAGAAUAGUCCAAUGGAAGAUUAUGAACAUGCUGAUGAUCAAGCUGAAGACGCUUUGCAAGUAGCAGUGGGAUACUUUGAGAAAGGUCCCAUUAAAACUUCACAAAAUAAAGAUAAAACCUUGGAAAAGCACUUGAAAACUGUGGAAGAUGUGGCUUGGAAGAAUGGGUUAGCUCCAGAAGAAAUUGACAUUCUAUUAAAUGUGGCACUCAGUGGCAAAUUUGGAAAUGCUGUAAACACACGGCUAUUGAAGUGUAUGAUUCCGGCAACUCUAAUAUCAGAAGAUUCUGUGGUUAAGGCAGUCUCCUGGCUUUGCGUUGGCAAGUGUUCUGGUAGCAUCAAGGUACUUUUUUAUCGUUGGCUGGUUGCAAUGUUUGACUUUAUUGAUCAUAAGGAGCAAAUUAACUUGCUCUAUGGCUUCUUUUUUGCUUCAUUGCAAGAUGACGCACUGUGCCCUUAUGUCUGCCAUUUUUUAUAUUUACUUACCAAAAAAGAGAAUGUGAAACCAUUUCGUGUGAGAAAACUGCUUGAUCUUCAAGCCAAAAUGGGAAUGCAGCCUCAUCUCCAGGCUUUAUUGUCACUAUAUAAGUUCUUUGCUCCUGCUCUGAUUUCAGUAUCUUUGCCUGUAAGGAAGAAGAUCUAUUUUAAGAAUUCAGAGAAUCUUUGGAAGAUGGCUCUGCUUGCUGUGAGGCAAAGAAACCAGGGCCCUUCUCCAGAACCUCUAAAGCUGAUGUUAGGUCCAGCUAAUGUUCGUCCUGUAAAAAGAAAAUGGAAUUCUCACUCAGUUAUACCAGUGCUCAAUUCCAAUAGCUACACUAAACAAUGUGGAAAAAAAGAGAUUAGUCUUUCUGACUGUCUGAGUAACACUGGAUCAUUUCCACUAGAACAACUUCAAAGCUUCCCUCAACUCUUACAGAACAUUCAUUGCUUAGAGCUGCCUUCUCAGAUGGGCUCAGUGCUAAACAACUCUUUGCUCCUUCACUAUAUUAAUUGUGUCAGAGAUGAGUCGAUUUUACUGAGGCUUUAUUACUGGUUGAGUCAAACAUUACAAGAAGAAUGUAUGUGGUACAAGGUGAAUAAUUAUGAUCAUGGAAAAGAAUUUGCCAACUUUCUGGAUACUAUCAUCAGGGCAGAGAGCUUCUUACAAGAGGGGUUUUAUUCCUGUGAAGCAUUCCUGUAUAAGAGCAUUCCUCUCUGGGAUGGCCUCUGUUGUCGAUCACAGUUCCUUCAGCUUGUGAGCUGGAUUCCUUUUAGUAGCUUCUCUGAGGUGAAACCGCUUCUUUUGGACCAUCUUGCACAGCUCUUCUUUACAUCAACCAUUUAUUUCAAGUGCAGUGUUCUUCACAGUCUGAAAGAGCUACUGCAGAACUGGCUGUUGUGGCUUUCCAUGGAUAUCCAUAGACCUAUGAUGAACAGUCCUCUAGAGACAACUUUGGGUGGAUCCAUGACUUCUCUGUCUAAACUGAUCGACUAUGUAGGGUGGCUGUCCACUAUUGCAAUGCGCUUGGAGGGCAACAGUGCUUUCUUGCUGCACUUUAUUUUGGAUUUCUAUGAGAAGGUAUGUGACAUAUAUAUAAAUUAUGACCUUCCAUUGGUGGUGUUGUUUCCUCCUGGCGUCUUCUAUCCUGCACUCCUCAGUCUGGAUACCACUAUCUUGAACCAGCUCUGUUAUAUUAUGCACAGGUAUCGUAAAAAUCUGUCUGCUGCAAAGAAAAAUGAGUUGCAACAAAAGGCAAAACCACAGUUCAGUUUCAGCAGCAAGACCUAUCAAGAGUUUAAUCACUAUUUGAUCGCCAUGGUUGGUUGCCUGUGGACAUCCAAACCCUUUGAGAAAGGAAUAUAUAUUGACCCUGAAAUCCUGGAAAAAGCUGGAGUAGCAGAAUAUAAAAGCAGUUUAAAUUUGGUUCAUCACCCUUCUCUACUGAGUUAUGCUGUUUCCUUUUUGCUACAGGAAAGCCCAGAAGAAAGGACAUUGAACAUGAGCUCUAUUCGGGGAAAGAAAUGGAACUGGUAUUUGGACUAUUUAUUUUCAGAGGGGUUACAAGGCUUGAAGCUUUUCAUAAGAAGUAAUAUUCAUCGUUCUUCUGUCCCCCCGAUCAGAGAGCAUAUACCACAACAAUAUUAA